AUAAACCCACAUCAACAUGCUCGCUGACUCGCUUCGUCAGUUCGUCGUCUUUCCCCUGCCACUGCCGGAGAGAUGCCGCCCCGGAGGCGGGAUCGCCGGAAUCGUCGAGACCCAUCACCGACACCCUCCCACCCGAGCGGGCCACGCGAUUCAUCGUCGAGCUCGAGCCCCCGCCUCCGCGUCGCCUUCAUCGCGCCUCUCCUGCUUCUCCUCAUCCUCGCCACACUUCACUUCACCGGGCACCUCUCUCGAUCCCCUCCCCAUCCCGAGGCGCCGCAGACGACGCCGCUCUCCAUUUAUGAGCGCGGUCUCGUCAAGCUCGAAAUCUCCUCCCGCGAGAUCCUCGCCGAGCACGGUAGGGUCUCGGAGAACCGGUCGCGCCGCCACUUCCCCAACCCAGUCCUCGCCUACGUGACCCCCUGGAACUCUAAAGGUUAUGACAUGGCAAAGUUGUUCAGCACGAAGCUUACUCAUGUAUCACCAGUGUGGUAUGACUUGAAGAGUGAUGGGGAUAAGCUAGUUUUGGAAGGACAGCACAAUUAUGAUGCCGGAUGGGUCUCUGAACUUCAGGGUGGCGUAUCUUUGGUAGUGCCAAGAGUUGUCCUAGAAGCAUUCCCUGGUGUUUUACUAUUGAAAAAGAAGUCAAGGAACAAAGCCAUUGAUUUAAUAGUGAGCGAAUGCAGAGAUAAGGGGUAUGAUGGUGUUGUGCUAGAAUCUUGGUCAAGAUGGGCUGCCUAUGGUGUGCUAGAUGAUCCAGAGCUACGUCACCUGGCACUUCAAUUCGUUAAGAAGCUGGGGGAUACUUUGCAUUCCACCCGUUUGAAAUCGAGUACCAGGAACCAUUUGGAAUUCAUUUAUGUUAUCCCAGCUCCGCGAAUGCAAGGGCUAAACAAACAAGACUUUGGACCAGAAGAUCUCGUGCAGUUGGCUGACUCAGUAGAUGGUUUUUCUCUGAUGACAUACGACUUCUCUGGACCACAAAACCCUGGCCCCAGUGCACCUCUGAAGUGGAUACGUCAGUCUUUAACAACACUUCUCCCAGCCAAGGAUUCAGCUUCUCAUAUGAUAUUCCUUGGAAUUAAUUUUUAUGGGAAUGACUUCGUACUUUCUAAAGGUGGUGGUAGCGCUAUUACUGGAAGAGAUUUCAUUCAUUUACUUGAGAAGUACAAGCCAUCUUUGCAGUGGGACGAGAAAAGUUCAGAGCAUUUUUUCAUCUAUUCGGAUGAAGGUGCGAGACAUGCUGUAUUUUAUCCUACAGCAAUGUCACUUUCUGUACGUUUGGAUGAGGCUAGAGAAUGGGGGACAGGGCUUUCAAUAUGGGAGAUUGGGCAAGGUUUGGACUAUUUUUUCGAUAUUCUGUAGAUGCAUCUCAUGUGCAACUGUUUUGAAGUAGGAGUAUCAGUCAAACAACUACUGCUGUAUACAUUGUGUACAUUGUUUAUUCUUUUAACAGUUGAACUUUAUUAUCUUAUAGUGGAUCACACCUUCCUGGAAACUUUGCGAUAAAUGACACAUGAAGCUUUCCCUUUUA